AUGCCAUCGUUGCUUCGCACCAACUAUGCACUCAUGUCGUUCUACGUGCGGGAGCGGCUCUGGCGCCACGCGGAGCUUGUCUGCACGGAUACUAUUAAGAGCACCGACAGCUGGGUCUUUCGCGUCUGGCGCGCGCUCUGCUACGACCAGCAGGGACAGGCGAACGAGGCGCUGCGUGAGUACAAGGCCGCGGAGCAGCGGCGGGAGACCACGCUUCCUGCGUUGAUGGGCAUUGCGCUCAUUUACCGCCGGAGCAAAGACGUGGAGGGGCUCGCCGCGGUCGAGCGUUCCCUCGGCGACGGCGCCCACGCGGAGGACGUGGACGGGUGGGUGCAGGCGGCCGCGCUGGCGUGGGCGGCCGGCGACACCGUCGCCGCCCGCGACAUCCUCGUGCGCUUUCAGGACGGCCACGACGAGCACCGCGACGAGUACACGAACCUCGCGACGGUGCGGGCGUGGGUGGACCUCAGCACCGGCCGCGGCGCCUUCCUCGAGCGCUGCGGCACCCUCCUCACCAGGGUGAUGGAGAUGGAGGACCAGGACGGGCAGUCGAUGGACCUGGACGCCGCCAUGGGCCGCGUGGUGUACUUCGAGCGCAAGAUGCAGUUCUUCCUCGCCCAGCAGCUGCUAAACAAACUCAUCGUCAGCUACCCGAACUUCACCCCGGCGCUUGUCGUGAAGGCACGCCACCUCAUGAAGGCGGAGGACUGGGACCAGUGCUGGGAGACGACGAAGCGCGUCCUCGCCAAGGAGAAGACAAACCUCGAGGCGCUCGCGCUGAACACCCUCUUUCUGCUGGUGAAGGACGCCCGCUACGAGGACGCCGCCGCGCAGCUGCCGCGGCUUCUGGGGGCCGUCCAGGAGAAGGAGCCAAGAAACGCGGCACUGUUCUUCGAGUACGCGCAGUGCUUCUCGCGCCUGGGUGGGGCCUACCUGCCGCUGCUGGGCGUCACCCUGCAGUUUGCCGAGCUGGCCCACCGCAUGGUCGCGCAAAAGGGCGACUACCUCGCCGAGGUGGGCUACCAGCAGAUGCUGCGCGGCGAGUACAAGGCGGCGAUUGCCACCUUCAAGAAGGCCUCCGCCACGCCGGACAGCAGCAUCACACCGCUGCUCGGCCUCAUCCACUGCCUCAUCCUCACCGGCAACCUGGACGAGGCUGCGCAGCAGAUUGAGUUUCCCAACGAGAUCCAGGCACCGAACCAGCGCAACGCGGAGCUGAGCCUCCUCAACGCCAUCCUGCAGUGGCGGCGGAACAAGAACCAUGCAAAGACGCUCCUUUUUCUGGAUCAGGCGGCAGAGGCCGUGCGGCAAGAUGUAGGCUCGUACCAAACGGGGAUGCAGCUGUACGUCAAGCUGAACCCGCCAUUGAUGCUCAAUAUCGCGAAGGAGUACAUGCAGCACUGCCGCACCGAGCCGCCGGACCCAACGGUGCGCAAGGCAGACCCCGUUGUAGAGAAGUGUAAGCGGCACCUGGAGUUACUGCUGCGGCACGUUCCGGGUUGCCUGGAGGCCCAGCUCCUCCUCUCCAAGAUUUACUUUGUCGCCGGCGACCUGGAGAGGGCGCAGACAAUGAUCAAGACGUGCAUCCGGCAUGCCCACGUGCUGCCCGAGGCGUUUCUGCUUUCUGCACAGAUUUGCCAGUAUGUGGGCAACGCCACCCUGGCCUUGCAGGCGCUGGAGCAGGCACUGACGCUGGACUUUGAGAUGAAGGAUCAGCCGCAGUACAACCUGCUGCACGGCAUCGUGCUUGGAAUGAUGCAAAAGCAUCAGCAGGCGCUGGAGGCGCUGCAACUGGCCUUAAAACUCACCAAGGACAAGUCGCGAGUGACAAGCAAGGGUCGGCCGCUGCAGCCACUGAGUGUGCAGGACCACGUCAGCCUCUACCUGCAGCUCUCGCAGACGUACCUCAGGCUGCAUGACACGGAAGAGGCGCGCGCCACCUUGGCGGAGGCCACGGCGCUGUUUAAAGACACAACUCAGGCAGGGCGGGUGACGAUUGCGAGCGCGAUGGUUGCCGCCCGCACCGACAUGGAAAAGGCCGUGGAGAUACUUGGGCAGGUGCCGCCGCGGAGUGAGUUCUUCACCGCCGCCAAAACCCGCAUGGCGAACCUCUACCUCACCUACCGGCAGAACCGCCACAGGUACGCCAGCUGCUUUGAGGAGCUGGUGGAGGAGCUGCCGACGCCGUACAGCUACCUCCAGCUGGGCGAGGCGUACAUCAACAUUCAGGAGCCAGAGAAGGCCAUCGUCGCCUACGAACGGGCAAAGGCGAUGGACCCCGACAACAGCGAGCUGGACGUCCGCAUCGGCCGCGCCCUCGUGUCCACGCAUGACUACCAACACGCUGUCCGCUACUACCGUGACGCGGUGGCGACCGAUGGGGCGACGUUCACCGUUAUUGCCGAUCUUGCGAUGCUUUACUGGCACCUCGGCGCCCCCGAGCGCGCGGUUGGGGUGCUGAAGGAGGCGCCGGCAUACAAGAGUGAGCCGGACGCCGGGGAGGAGGUCGAGCGUGCCAUUGAGCGCGUCAACUGCACGCUGCUUAUGUACAAAAUUCAACGCAGCUGCCAGACGCCGGAGGUGGCGGCGGCGACGCUCCUGCAGGCCCGUGGGUUUCAGGAGCACGUUUUGCACCACGUACUGCGAAAUGAGACGCGCGAGACAGUUUAUCAGCAGAAGCUUGUCGCCGCCACGAUCGCCCUGGAGCUGGGCGGUUACUACGCCUCGACCGGGGACGUGGAACAUGAGAAGGAGUGCUACCAGAUGGCGCGGAUGUACGACGAGGCAAACGAGGCGGCGCUGCUGGCGAUCGCGCGGCUUCUGCUCGACAGCGGCGACGCAGCCGCGUGUGAGGAGCGGUGCAAUGCGGUGCUGCGGAUUAACCCCACCUCCGAGGAGGCGGUGGUUAUCCUCGCCGACGUCAUGAUUCGCCGUCACCGGUUCGAGGACGCGGCACAGCACUUUAGCCAGCUGCUGGAGAAGACCCCGGACAACUACGAGGCGCUGGUGCAGUACGUGAGGCUGCUGCGCCACGCCGGGCGCCUCGCCGACGCGGUGACGAUGCUUGAGCGGGCCGAGGACCUCGUGCCGGCGGGGCAGCGGCCCCCGUCGGGUCUGAGCUUCGCGCGGGGGUUGUACCACCGCUACUGCCACGAGAACCUGGAGGCCCUCCGCGCCUUCAACGCCGCGCGGGUGCCCGUCGACGACACCCAGUGGAGCACGCCAGCGCUGACGAACAUGAUUGAGAUGUACCUCUUCUCCUCGACCGAGGCGUUUUGGGCCGACACCGUCCUGCGCGACGAGGACAAGAACGAGAAUGUUAGGAUCGCCGAGCGGCUGCUGCUGCAGAUGCCGCAUGGGGAGUCGCGGGACAUUCUGCAAGGGUAUUGCUGGCUGGCUAGCAAGAAGCGGCCGUUGGUGGAGCGGGCCAUGAAGGAGUUCACGCAGCUCUGCACCCUCACCGAGAGGGUGGCGCGGCAGGAGGAGCCGGCGUCCGGUGAAGCGAGUCCCGAGGGCGAGGCGAAGGACGAGGAGGAGGACGAGGAUGAGCAGCUGCUGAGCGGCGUCAAACGGCCGCCACCGCCGCCUGGCCGGCUGAACGUCCCCGCCCGCGUGGGUUUGGCCAUCGCCUGCUUCAUCGCCGGCCUCGAGAAGAAGGCGGCUGCUGAGCUCAAGCGGAUUGUCUACACGCCGUUUGACCCCCUCACCAUCGACGCCGUGCACCGCGCCCGCCUGCUCGCCGCACACAUGAGCAUUCUAAAAAAUGACCUCAGAAUGGCCCAGGCGAUGCUGGAAAAGAACAUCGAGGUCAACAAGAGCUGCUCGCAGACCUGGUUGAUGAUGGGCUCCGUGCACGAGCUCGGGAAUCAGCACACGGAGGCCGCCAACUGCUACGAGAAUGCCUGGGAACUGACCAAGGAGCGCGACCCGUCGGUGGGGUACAAACUGGCGUUUCAUCGAAUGAAGUCGGGAAAGCUGCUCGCGGCGAUUGACGUCUGCCGCAAGGUGCUGGAGGUGCAUCCUAGUUACCCAAAGAUAGAUGAGGUGCUGGAGGCGUGCCGCGGCCUUCUGCGACCUUGA